AUGCACCAGCAGACGCAAAUCAGUCCCCUCCAGCCCAAGGAGAACCAAACCAACCACCACCAUCCCCUGAGCAUAAUGCGCCUGUUGAUUCUGCACAAUCACUCCAAACACCAUCAAAUCUACCAUCGCCAGAUCGCUCGUAUUGCGUCCAAGACUCGCUCAGCCCAGAGGUCCAUCCUAUGGUCAACGAACGCGGGCUCUGCUACCCUCGCCUCUCAUACCCCCAAGCCCUUCGCACUCAAACCCGGAACAUCCAUCAUCGCCGCUGACAACGACAACAACACCACUGCAGCCUGUUCUGUUGCCUGUGGGCUCUGCCGUCGAGACGUUGCAACGAAUCUAUACAGCAUUUUCGCAGACUUUUGCAAUGAGCGAGGUCUGGAAGGUGUAAAACGUUUGGAUAUUACGCUGGACUGGGCGUGGACAAAGGGAGACCUGGAGCAGCUGGCAGCCGCUGUCCGUGGUUGUAGAUUUAAAACCUUAACCAUUAAUGGAGGCAAUAGCCGCUCUCAAUUGCAUCAUCGCGCCGCUAGAAAAGGUGCUGCUACCCCUGCUGUCACCCUGUUUGAUCCGUUGAUCCAACUCUUCGGCUUUAAGCCGCUUGCGUGCAUUCAUCUCGAAAACAUGCCCGACUGCCUCCAGGAAUUCAGUGUCAAAUUUCCGGCCGAUCUCUCACAUCUGAGAACUCUUCAGGUCCAUCUCAAUAUCUUCAAUUGGAAUUACCCUCCCGGACAAAAGUUUUUCAAACUAGCUAGGCGACUCAGUCACAUCAAACUGUUGAUUGUCGAGUGCCCUCUUGAGGAUUAUAGAGCCUACCUCAUGAACAUCUGGCUUGGGUUGAUGGCUCCGUCGGCAGCUCCGAUCAACACGUUUUCAACCGAGCCUCCUUCUCAGGACAUUGAGGUCCAGCUGUUAUCGCGAGGAAUGGUACACGCCACAGCCUUCUUCAAGAGGCAAGGGACUGUACCAGAAUCCCUCAUUGUUGACCUGGGUUUCAUCGAUAAGUACGAGGUUACCUGGGAAUAUCUGCUCAACAACACCAUUGCCGAGAAUAUCCAUACUUUCCGUCUCAACGAAGCACCGACAGAAAAAUGGUUCCCAUUUGUCCUGAAGUGGCUCACAUCUCGGCAACAGCGACCAUUCUCUUUGUCUUCCACUUUGUCGGCCUCAACAGAAUCAACUCCAGCCACCACCACCACCACCACCACCACCACCAGCAUCGAUACCUACAACAAUACAGUUACCGAAUACGUCCGCCUCCGAGAAGUUAGCCUGUGCUGCAGUCGCCUCCGAGCCGACAGCGAGCGUGACUUCAUCGAACUCAUCAAACUCGCGACAUCGCCUACCCUCGGCCUACAACGCCUCCACCUCAUUCAGCUCCGCCUGCCCCUUGAUUCACCAAAAGUCCAUUUAUUGGGCAACCAGAAUGUUAGUCGUACUACAUGGUCAGGACUAUUCAUCAACUACAAUCUCUGGAAUCUGGAGGAGCUUGAGAUUGAGGAUUCGAACUUUGGAGAUAUUCAUAUAGAGGGGUUUUUAUUCUUUAUGGCUAAUAUGAAGAAAUUAGAGGACAAUGAGAAAACGAAACGGAGGAAGCGAGAGGAGCGUAGGAGACAACUGGAGCUCGGGCUUAUAACCUUGGAGGAUGGAGAGGUGGAGGAGGAGGAGGAAGAUGAUUUCGAUAUUGUUAGGAUGAGGUUGAAAGCUAUUAGGUUCAAAAAACAUCGUCUGACUCACGAAAUCGGAAAGGAUUGGCGCAUCACAACAGUCAAUGGAGAUGGCAACUUGCACUUUACCAGGCCACCCUACUUCUCCAACCUUUCUUGUCUUGCUCGAUGA